CGUGCAGUGCGCGGUGUUGUUAGCUACGAGUAGUGGGGAUGCCCAUGGAGCGGCGAGGCGUGGUGUUGGCAAGCGUACCACGGCAGAAACGAGGUUUUCACGGUGUUGAAGGUCUUGGCGUUUCUCACGGUGUUGGUGCUGGAAGUCUUGGCUUAGGUGCUGGUAGAACUCUUGGCCCAAAUUCUCACUGUGUUGCUGCUGAAAGUUUUGGACCAAGUGCUGGUGGAAGUCUUGGUGCAGAUUCUCAUGGUGUUGCUGUUGGAGAUCUUGGACCAGGUGCUGGUGGAACUCUUCUUCCUAGAGCAGGUGCAAGCUCUCACUGUCUUGCUGUUGGUGGAAGUGGAAGCAGUGGUAGUGGAUCAGGUGUAGGAACUCUUGUUCCUGGUUUUGGAGCUACUGCAAGUUCUCAUGGUGUUGCUACUAGUGUUCCUGGUGGAGGUAUCAUGAGUUUUGGUGGUCCAAGUGUUCGUGAUCGACAAUCCAAUUGGACUCACGAUGAAGUGAUGGUGCUGAUUCGGGAGAAGAGGAUUGAGCUCGAACAAUACGAAGGCACAUCUGAUAGAGAGCGUAUGGUUUGUUCGAAAGAGAAGUGGGAGAGGAUCUCAGCACGGCUUCAAGCUGAAGGCUAUGACAAGGAUCUUGAGAAGUGUAGGAUAAAAUGGACGAACUUGAUGACUGUCUACAAAGCCGUCAAGCUCUAUGAUCAUUCCACUGGCUGUGGCAAUUACUUUGCGCUGACGACCAAGGAACGAAGUGCUGCGAAGCUUGGAAUAAUUGAGAAAGAGGCUUUUGAUGAGAUUGAUGAGUUUCUCUCUGCAAAGCCAAAUAUCACUCUAGCAAAGCUUUGUGACAGUAGCAGUCGUCCUCCUACAAGAUCUGGUGGUUCUGGCAGUGGUUCUCGUAGCAGCAACUUUGGCACAGGUAUUGAAAACGAAGAUAGAGGCACAGCAGAAGAAGUCCACUAUCCACUUAAUAGUUGGUGUGAACAUAGCAUCAUUAAAUUAGCUAAUUUAAUGGGAGUGUGAACCGGUUAACAUUAUCCAAAGUUUUUAUCACCCAAAA